GCACAGGGUUAUAACGACCACGAGCCACAAAUCAAGCCCUCCAAAAUAACCCAAAUGAGCUCUUACUUUGUAAACUCGUUCUCAGGGCGCUACCCAAAUGGCCCCGACUAUCAGUUACUAAAUUAUGGGACCAGCAGUUCCAUGAACGGUUCUUACAGAGAUUCAAGCACCAUGCAUUCCAGCUCUUAUGGCUACAACUACAAUGGGAUGGACCUUAGCAUCAACCGCACAGCCUCCUCUAGUCACUUUGGGGCUGUGGGCGAGAGCUCCCGCGGUUUCCCUUCUCCAGCUCAGGAGAGCAGGUUUAGACAGGCGUCUAGCUGCUCCUUAUCUUCUCCCGACUCCCUGCCCUGCUCCAACAGCGAGAGCCAUGGAGGCAAGCCCGCCCCGUCCCCCUCCGAGCAAGCUACUUCUGGCAGCACCAACACAAAUUUCACAGAACUAGACGAGACCAGCGCGUCCUCGGGAGCCGACGAGGGCACUCCAAUAAGCAGCAGCAUCCCCCGAGCGCAGGCAGAGCCCAUCGCAACCUCCACCGCGGCACCAGAAGGGCAGGCACCUCAGAUAUUCCCUUGGAUGAGGAAACUUCACAUUAGCCAUGACAUGACUGGACCAGACGGUAAGAGGGCGAGGACAGCAUACACUCGCUACCAGACCCUGGAGUUGGAAAAGGAAUUCCACUUCAAUAGAUAUCUCACCCGCAGGAGGAGAAUAGAGAUCGCUCACGCUCUCUGCCUCUCCGAAAGGCAGAUCAAAAUCUGGUUCCAAAACAGGAGGAUGAAAUGGAAGAAGGAUAAUAAACUGAAAAGCAUGAGCUUAGCCUCUGCAGGCAGCGCCUUUCAGCCAUAAAUUAUAGAGGAGGAAUAUCGAGGAGAGAAGAGGAAACAAUAAAUAAAUACCUAAAUAAAUAAAUAAAGAGCAGCAGAUCUUAGUUUCGAGUACUGUACAGUGAGGCACCUUCUUUUCGGCAUGUUGUUGAUAUUCUAAAACAACGCGUAUGGUACCGUUAUCCCAGGACUCAUGUCGUGAUUUUUUUUUUAUUAUUUUUAAUUAAAUUUUAUUUCCAGAUGCUCACAUGCUCUUGUUGUUCUUAUAAAUGUAUGUGUCCGUGCUCUCUUGGUGCUUUUUGGAAAGCUAGCAUGUUUUAUGUGAGCCUUUUAAAUGUUAUAACUUAUUUAUAAAUUGAUGAUAGAUAUGACUGUUUAUUUGUUGGUUUUUUUUUCCCCUUCCUGAGUUUACUGCUUUUGGGUGACUUCUCUGCCUAAGCUAAAAUCGGGGGUUCCUGCACUACAGUCGCAGAAAAAGAAUACGUAUAUAUUAAAAAAAAGGCAAAAAAAAAAAAAAGAAAAAAAAAAGCUCUUGUAUCUUUCUGUCUUAAAAUUGUCCAGUCUGUGUUUUAGUUCAAACUUCAGGCCAGGAUUUCUAAUCCCAGGCUACUUCUGAGACGUCGUCUUAGACGUGGAUAAACUUCACUAUGAAAAAAAAAUGUAUAAAAUUGGAUCAACAAUAGAGUGCUCUAAUGUUUGUAAAUACUACAAAUAUUUCUGAUGUGACUAAUAGCCAGUUCGUAGUGGGCAGAGUGAAUGCAAUGUUAUGUGUAAAAAUGGCAUCUGUCAUGUCUAGCUGCCUGGUAGUACUUUGCCAAUAAGCUUUUUGUAUUUGUUUGUAGCUUUACUCGAAGUCAAAUAA